GUGGGUGUCCAUGUGGUUUAAUUUUCAAGAAGACAAACACCAAACACCAUAUACACCAAGUACCAAGGAUACAGCAAUGGAGCAGCUCCAUCAGCAAGUACAAAGGUAUCUAGUAGACAACCAACGAAUGGUACAAGAACUAGUGUCAGGAAUGAGUAUGGACGAAACAGUACUUGAAUCCCGGAUAGGAGAUGGUCUACAGCAGUUGGAGCAAGACUGUCACAGAUUACAAAUAUUUGCUCAAAAGCAACCGCCCACACAACGGCAAGCUGCCAGGAACCGUGUUGAUCAGCUGAGAGCAGAUCUUCAACAGAUACAACAUGCCUACCACACCUACCAGCACAGGAAGUCAGCAGCUGAGCAAGAACAGAAACAAAGAGAAGAGCUUCUCUCCAGAAGAUUCACUACCAAUUCGGAGAGUAGCAUCACAAUUGAUGACUCCCUUCACCAGAACCAACGGAUGAGCACUGCUAACAAAGAUCUCGACUCUCUCCUCGACCAUGGAUCAGCUGUUCUGACGAGCCUCCGAGACCAGGGGUUCACUCUCAAGGGCGUACGGACCAAGAUCUUGGAUGUAUCUAACACAUUGGGACUAUCAACGACAGUCAUGAGGCUCAUAGAGAAGAGGACUACAGAGGACAAGUGGCUGUUUUUUGGUUGUCUCAUCGUCAGCUCCCUCAUCAUUCUGCUAUUACUCUACUACUUCAUUUUUUAACGUCUGCCCUGCAUGAGGGGAUACAGUGAAGACAAUCAGACUGACUUAUAAUUAUAUAUAGCAUGCAUGUCUCAAUUAAAAUUUAUAUCACUUGUUUUUUGUUCCAAUAAUUAUCUUGCAAUUAACAAAACUUA